CAAUGGCAUUAUUUCGCGAUGACGACCGAAGUAGUGAUCACAGAAGGUGACAGCAAGAGAAAUAGUGACUAUAGUCUUCAAUUGAACCGAUGGUUCUUAAAACCGAUCGGCGCUUGGCCAUCGUCUCCUUCCACGACAAGGCUCGAAAAGAUCGUUUCACUUAUUUUAAACGUCGUUUGCUUUAGCACCUUGAUUCUUACUGCGAUUCCUAGUUUACUAGUAAUAAUUCUGGAAGACGAGACGUUCAACUUCAAAUUGAAGACCUUCGGUUUUGUGAAUCAUUGGUUCGUCAGCAGCUUUAAUUACGCGGUUUUACUAAUGCACAACAAAGACAUACGAAAGUGCGUGUCAUACAUAGAAGCUGACUGGCGAACAGUGACCAGAGAGGAAGAUCAAAACGUAAUGUUGAAAAACGCGAGAAUCGGUCGCUACAUAGCUGCGUUCACCGCUAUUUUUGUGCAAUCAAGCGUCUUGUGCUUUUGUUUUGUGACAGCAUUGAAUACAGUAGAGAUUCGAAUUGCGAACGAGACGAGAGUUUUACAUGUGCUACCUUGUGCAGUAUAUAAGAAGCUGGUGAACGUCGACGAAAUUCCAACAAACGAAUUCAUGCUUUUCUUGCAAAUCUGGUCUACUGUUAUCGCAAAUUUUAGUACAAUUGGCAUCUUUAGUCUCGCAGCAGUUCUAACUGCUCACGCAUGCGGUCAGCUAAAUGUUAUUACGUUAUGGAUCGCUGAAUUCGUCAAUGAAACCAGAGUAGAGAAGAAAACUGGUGGUUUUAUACAAAUCGGAGUAAUCGUAGAACGACAUCUGAGGACAUUGAAUUUUAUAUCAUAUAUCGAGGAUGUGAUGAAUAAAAUCUGUUUGUUGGAAAUGUUAAGGUGCACGAUGGAUAUAUGCGUAAUUGGCUACUACAUUCUAUCGGAAUGGGCAGAGCAUGAUAUUCGAAAUUUGGCAUCGUAUUUUAUGAUGUUCGUUACAAUCUGUUUUAACAUUUUCGUAAUAUGUUACAUCGGUGAACUAUUAACGGAACAGUGCAAGAAAAUUGGUGAAGUUGUUUACAUGACGAACUGGUAUUAUUUACCCGGUAAAACAAUCCUCGACUUGAUUAUGGUCAUCGCACGAUCAAAUCUGGUCGUUCAUAUCACUGCAGGAAAAUUAGUUCAUAUGUCCGUUUACACUUUUGGUAGUGUGAUAAAGACAGGUUUCGCAUAUUUGAAUUUGUUGCAGCAAAUGAUGUGAUAAAGUGGAAUUCUGAAAGGAUAUUAUAAGAGAAUGUCAACAAAUAAAUAAGUCGUCGUUUGAACUAAUUUUAUGAUUAAUGUUACAGACUAUAAUACAUGAUUGUCAACCUAAUAGAUCUAGUUAAGUGUAAGAAUACUUGCGGUGUAAAAAAUCUAUGGAGUGAUAGAUUGAAGAAUCGUUUGUUAUAGCUAUACUCCAUUGUUCUCAUAUUUUUAUUACAUGUUAUCUCUUCGAGUUCUUCGUUGGAAACAUUAUAAUUAUUCUUAAUGUUUGUUCGUAAUACUAUUCGAUAAUAUAAAGAUCAAAUCCUACGACUGGCAUUUGUAAAUACCGACAGAAACAAUGCAAAGUAUUAUACCAUUUAUCAUUCAAUUUAUCAUAAUCACUAGCACAAAUUAAGUCUACUACAUCUCCCUAGCA